UGCGGGGCCCGGGGCGUGGCAGGCGUCUCGGAGCGCCAGGUGCGGCUUCCGCGUCAAGAUGGCCGCCGCCUGCCGCGCCGGGGCCUGGCUCCUGGCACGCCGCUGCCUCCGCCUUCCCGCCGGGGCCCCGCUGUUGCGCGUCGCCCUCUGCCUCCUGUGCUGGGUCCCGGCGGCUGUGGGCGCCGUCCCCGAGCUCGGGCUCUGGCUAGAGACUAUCAGCCACGAUAUCAAAUUUUCUGUUAAGUCAUUCAAUUGUUCUGGGCCUGUGAAGUUUACCAUACUGUGGCAUUUGAAAUAUCAUACCUGUCACAAUGAAUACCCUGAACUGGAAGAGGUGUUCCAAAAACAUGAACUUAGUGUUAAUGAAGACUUCUGCAGCCAGUAUUUCAAGAACAUUGACUGUUGGACAACAAAAAAUGAAAACUUAGAUUGCAACCGUGAUUUACAGGUGUUUCCCUCAUUGAAUAAUAAAGAACUGGUAACAAAUAGCAGAAAUGUUUCAAAUCAGCAAGGAUCGUUGGAUGUUAUAGCCAGAACACAAAGAGAUGGUUUUCAUAUCUUUAUUGUUUCUGUUAAAACGGACAAAACCGAUGUACACUGGAAUUUGAAUGUUUCUCUUUCUAUGACUGGGCCUCAUGGAUAUAUCUCUGCAUCAGAUUGGCCUCUAAUGAUUUUUUACAUGGUGAUGUGUAUUGUUUAUAUAUUAUAUGGCAUACUCUGGCUGACGUGGUCUGCCUGUUACUGGAAGGAUAUAUUAAGAAUCCAGUUCUGGAUUGCAGCUGUUAUUUUCCUAGGAAUGCUUGAAAAAGCAGUUUUUUAUUCUGAAUACCAAAACCUCAACAGCACUGGACUACCAACCCAAAGUUUAUUGAUAUUUGCGGAGUUGAUAUCUGCGGUUAAGAGGACGUUGGCUCGCCUCCUUGUGAUCAUCGUGAGCUUGGGUUAUGGCAUUGUAAAGCCUCGUUUAGGAACAGUCAUGCACCGGGUGAUUGGACUGGGCCUUCUUUACUUUAUCUUCGCAGCUGUUGAAGGCGUGAUGAGAGUCAUUGGGGGUCCUAACCAUUUAGCUGUUGUUUGGGGUGACAUUAUUUUAGCAGUUAUUGACUCCAUUUUUGUAUGGUUCAUAUCCUUUACUAUGUCCUUCUUUCAGACAGUGAUAACUUAUAAGACAAAAAUCUAUGAUAAGGAUUGGAUGGAACGCUGGGUUGAUGAUGCAUUUUGGAGAUUCCUUUUUUCACUUAUCCUUGUUGUAAUAAUGUUUUUGUGGAGACCAUCAGCAAAUAAUCAGAGGUAUAUAAUGUGGGAAAAUUCAAGUUGGCAAGCAUUUGUUCUUAAGAGGGAGAAUGGUUGGUCUUAUGCCUUUGUGGAUGCGCUGGCCUUACUGUUAAUAACAUUGUUGUUCUUUUUCCCUUUUUAUUUCAGAGCCCUUCCAGUGUUAGUGGAUUCAGAUGAGGAAAUCAUGACCAGAUCCGAAAUGGCUGAAAAAAUGUUCUCUUCAGAAAAGAUAAUGUGAUUGUAACCCAUGUAAAUGAAACUAGCUAACCAGGAAGGCCUGUCCUUCAUCAAGACUGACACUAUGCUCUGAUAUAGCAUAAUGUUUUUCUUGGGUUAUUUUGGAAAUCUGUGUGUUAAACUGAAGGAUUCAGCUGAUAGGAGAUUCUGCAACCCUUUUAUAGUGACUCUUGAAUGUCAGUUUAAUGUCCAUUAAAUUGCCUGGAUUUGAGAAUAAUCUUGGAAGAGUAUUAUGAUAAAGUUAGCUGCACAAAUGCCUCUGGGCUAAUUGGUGGCAGGCAUGUGGAUUUGGGUUCCUUCUCUUUUCUUACAUUUUUUUUUUUUUUAAUAAACAUACCAGCUAUUUUUUCUGUGCACCUUUGUGAUAGAUGAUGUGAUUCUUCAGAAGCGUAGUAUAUCAGCGUCUCCGUGUAUUGGGGGUACUAGGUGCAGUAAUAAUUUUCUUUGACUUUUACACUAAAAUUAUUUGAUAAUAAGUAAAACUUGGUUAAUAUUAGAAUGUAAUUAUUUAGAUGUAGAAUUUUGUCUUUUUUUUUCUUCUGCGCAAAGCCCUUGCUUGUAAGUAUUCCCAUGCACACUACAAAUCAUGGAGUUCGGUUUUCUCUGAGCUCAGGGGAAUCACAGUGCACAGAGGGAAGUGUUUUAGGUUUUUUUUUUUUUUGAGACAGAGUGUCACUCUCUUACUUAGGCUAAAAUGCUAUAGUGUCAGCCUAGCUCACAGCAACCUUAAACUCCAGGGUUC